CUAGUCUGCAGGCCCAGACGUGGCGCUGCGGCCGGGCGUUGCACCUCCAUCCAGCUUUCGGAUUACCUUCGUGCGGUUCCGAUGCGCCUCCCGCUGCCUCCGCCGCCCGUGCUGCUGCUUCUGGCGGCACUCACGGCCGCUACCACCACCUUCCGGCCCGACUGGAACCGUCUGCACGGCCUGGCCCGAGCCCGGGUGGAGACCUGUGGUGGAUGACAGCUGAAUCGCCUGAAGGAGGUGAAGGCCUUCGUCACCCAGGACAUCCCACUCUACCACAACCUGGUGAUGAAACACCUGCCUGGGGCCGACCCAGAGCUCGUGCUGCUGGGCCACCGCCAUGAGGAGCUGGAGCGCAUCCCACUGAGCGACAUGACCCGCGAGGAGAUCAACGCGCUGGUGCAGGAGCUCGGCUUCUACCGCAAGGCGUCGCCCGACGAGCCUGUGCCCCCUGAGCACCUGCGGGCGCCGGCGAGAACCGCCGAAGGCGCUCCGGACGACCGUGGGGACCUGUAGGUCGGGGAAUGCGCACCCCCACCCCCACCCCCACCCCCGCCUGAGCCCUGGGGACCCAAUGAAGCGCUCAGCGUCCCGGGAGCCCCCUCCCUCGCUGAGGGCCGAAGCCCCGCCCCGGAGCCGGCAGGGAUGGAGUUGAGGGUUCCUCUCCAUUCCCAUUAUUCCAAUCCCACGGACCCCCCUUUAGCUCCACUAAAUCCCCUUCCGUCAA